AUGCUUGAGUUUACAGAGAUCAAUGGCGCGAGGCUCGCUUACGAGAUCAGCGGGCCCGAGACUGGCCCCCUGAUGAUAACGCUUCAUGGGGGUCGAGGAGUCGGUGACCAUAGGUCAGAUUAUCGAGUCUAUAGCCAGCUAAACGACCGCUUGCGUGUACUGUCUUUUGACUAUCGCGGCCAUGGGCAAAGCUCACGUACGAAGCCUUACACAUUUGAACAAAUUGUCAACGAUGUUGAGGGUAUGAGGCAGCACUUUGCAGGCGCAAAGCAGGUCACUAUUUGUGGCGGGAGCUUUGGUGGAUUCAUCGCCUUGCACUACGCCAUCAAAUAUGCAGCUCAUGUCUCACACUUGAUUCUUCGAGGCACCGCUGCCUCCCAUCAUCGUAGAGUAGAUGAGGAGAGCGCUCUCAGGGGCCUAGAAGCAAGGAUCAGCAAAACCCCCAGCUUCUCAAAGGAGAUGCUCAGGGACAAGGUGUUCGGUGCUUACGAAGAUGACGAGGAAUUCAAGCUCAUACACUUCGCCGUGAUGCCCCUACAUAAAGAAAAUUUUGAUGCCAACGCGGCUCUUGUUGCUUGCCGCAACACAGUGUUCGUGGCUGAAUCUCACAAUGAGCUCUAUUCACCAAGAGAAAAGUACUUUGAUUACACGGACAGACUUGGCAACAUAACAGCCAAGACUUUGGUUGUAGUGGGCGAGAAUGACUGGAUCUGCCCACCAGAAAAUUCCGAAAUCAUCCAUAGGGGAAUUCAAGGUUCACAGCUAGUGGUUGUGCCAGGGGCUAAUCAUGCGGUGCAUGUUGAGAAGACUCACAUCGUGCUU